AUGUCACACACGCCCAACUUCGCCAGCCCUCCUCCCGACGUCGGCCCGGACGCCGCCGUCUCCUUCCCCCGUAAGCAUAUCAUGUUAAUCACCCUCAACCGGCCCCGCCACCUGAACUCAAUCUACUCGGAACUUCACUACUCCCUCGCUCGGCUUUACGAGUGGUACGACACGGAGCCAACCCUCCGCUGUGCCGUUCUAACCGGCACAGGCCGCGCCUUCUGCGCCGGCGCGGACCUAAAAGAGUGGAACGUCCGCAACACCACAGGCAAAUCCAAUAACCCGUCAUCUCCAGGUGAAAAGUGGCCUUCCACCGCUGGCUUUGGCGGACUGUCGAAUCGCGGUGGGAAGAAGCCUGUCAUUGCUGCUGUCAAUGGUCUGUGUCUAGGCGGCGGGAUGGAGAUGAUCAUCAAUGCGGACUUAGUGUAUGCGUCUACCAAGGCCAAGUUUGGGCUUCCUGAGGUGACUAUCGGCGUCAUCGCCAUUGCCGGCGCUCUUCCGCGUCUCAUCAAGUCGGUGGGACGCCAGCGCGCGACGGAGAUGGCGCUGAUUGGGAGAACGGAUUACACUGCCGAGGAAAUGGUAUCUUGGGGACUCGUGAACAAGGCCGUGCAGCCCGACGACUUGAUGGAGACUGCGCUGGGUGCCGCGGAGGCCAUUGCGAGAAACUCGCCGGAUUCAAUCAUCGUCUCGAGAGAGGGCCUGAAGACUGGAUGGGAGCCGAUGGGUCCGAUAGAGGCGACGGGUUUCAUUGACCAGACGAUUUAUCGCAAGAUGGAGGCGGGAGAAAACAUGACUGAAGGCGUCAAGAGCUUCGUCGAGAAGAGGAAGCCGGUGUACAAGGAUAGUAAGCUCUAA